GUGAUAACUUCAGUACCCGAUUGGUAACAACGAGGAUGAGACUAGUAUACGCUCAGUGGUAUAUUAGAAAUAAGCUUGAUGCAAUGAACGGAACCACACCUGUUCCAGAAAGACAUGAAACAAAUGUUACACAUCGCGUCAAAAGAAACUCAGCUCGAAGUCCUGCCCAAACACUACGGGAUCUGGGUGAACAUCUUGGGAAACGGGCAAAUGGUGCUGGCCUGACACCCGCCAAAUCCUACCAUGCACACGACCCGGUCUUAGCGGGGCAAUUUCAUUCCCCAGGAGCAGGGUGUUAUGCUGUUGGGCUACAUGUACUGUUAGUUUAUCGGUAAGGGGUGGUCAUAAGAGAGCAACGCCCUCGAGAAUGACCAGCCCAAGAUCUCGAUAUUCCCUCGACGAAAAUUCCGAUAGUUGUGCCGUACUGUUUUCUGUUUUUGUUAUAGAAUUGAGCCUUUGUAAGACAUUGUUGGCAGGACCUAUUACAGCAAGAUGCCUUCCGAGUAUGCAAGCAAGACCCCGACCCUGAUCCCUCUGGAGAAGGCUGGCCCCAAGGGCUUCAUUCGAAUGGUGUUUCCCCUUGAGUUGGGUGAAUCCUACGAUGCAGAUGAGAUAUUUGGUAUACUCAAGCAGGGCCUUGAAGCUGCCAAACAGCGAGCUCCUACGCUUGGAUGCGAAGGUGUCCCAGACACAGAGGCAAAACAAGCUGGUGUUUUGAAAGCGCACAAGUACGAUGACUACGACACAAUUACUAAGAAAGAUCUCAGAGCCCCGGGGGCUUUCCCUCACACUUACGCUGAAAUCAAAGCUAAAGGGUUCCCCCUUGCCGCCUUCAAUGGCGACCUUCUCUGCCGUCGCUUCACUUGGCCGAGUCCUGGAGAGAGGCUCCCAGCUGCCGACUUUCAGGCUAACUUCAUCCCCGGAGGCUUGAUCAUCACCGGCUGCUUCUUCCAUGUAUUCGGCGAUGCCAAGACGUACUACACCUGGCUCGAGAUAUGGGCCGAGGAGUGCCGCCGAUUACAGGGUGAAACAGGACCGCGCAACGAGAUACCGGAUGCUUUCUUCACGGAUCGAGAGAAGCAUAUGAAGCCUUCUAGUCGCAAUGCUGGCAAGCCUGAGGACCACCCAGAGAUUCUUGUGCUGCCUUUCACUCCUGAAGGCUUCCCACCAAAAAUGAUCUCACGCGAUCAUGUCGGGCAGGUCUUCCGACUCAACGCAGAGCAGCUAGCUGCUCUCAAGGCGGAUGCGGCACCAAAAAAUGCAGCGAAUCCUUCUGAUGUGCCCUAUAUUUCUACCAACGACGCUCUCUCGGCGCUGAUGUGGCGGUCAGUUAUGGCGGCACAGUUUCCCUUGGAAGAGCUUGAGGGUGACCCAACCUCAAUCUUCAACAUUGCGGUCGAUGGACGGCCGCGGACAGACCCACCCGUUCAUCCACGCACCCUAGGAAACUGGCUAGGAUGGGUGGCACCACAGAUGCCCAUUCGCCAGAUGCUCUCUAGGGAUACCGUGGCAGACCCCGCGGUAGCCAUCCGCAAAGCAGUUUCCAAGCUCAACGACCAGUAUGUCGACAGUCUCAGCACCCUCUUCGAGAACGUCGUUGAUGUCAACCGCGUUGUUGCAACGGCCUUCCUCGACGUGCCUGGCUUUAACUGCGUACAGACCUCCUGGAUCAACCUUGGCGUGUACGGUCUAGAUUGGGGCAAGACUCUAGGGGGGAAAAUUCAGGCAGUUCGCAGCCCAGAUGUCGGCGUAAUCAAUGGUGGUUCUCUUGUCUUACCCGCUCUUCCCGGUGGCGGUAUUGAGCUGAUUAUCGGCGUUGAGUCAAAAUGCUUACCGCGACUCAUGAAGGACCCUCUUCUGGCCAAGUAUGCUACUCCUAUCACGUUGUAAAAAUGCAGUUAUAGUUUACAGAGUUUUGCGGCGAUAUAUAAGGAAUACGACGGAGUUCAACGCAAGAUAGAAGAAAGAAGAAAAGCACAUAGAUCUUGGUAGAUAGUACUCAAGUCAAAACGGUUAAUGAAAAUUCAUGAUCUGAGGAUCAUGAAGCUUCUUCGUAUUGUCUUUUCAACCUUCUCCUUUGCGAGAUUCUCUUAGUUUACGUACGUAGUAAGACUGACAUGAUACAGAUCCUGCUCUGGGUAUCCAAGUAAUUUUGGCAGGCGUGUUUGGGCUUGUUGGCCCUUCUGGAUAUACUUAGAUAGAAUCUGUUCUGUUCUGGGUGAGGUACCAGGUAUUUCAAUGUAUACUGGUACACGUACCUAUAUAAUCUCCUGCAUAUGAACUACUUAGUUUAGACAUAGUAUCCGUAUUUUCUCUACUUAAGUCACCGGUGUUCUGCAUUAGCUCUACUUUGUACCCAGUAUGUAGAUACCAGGUUUACAGCGGUAUCCCGGCUUCUGAUUUAGCUGUGCCGCAUUUCGUCGCAUCGCGAGGGGAGUAACAAUCCAGCGUGGGUCAUGACCAUUACCU